AUGGCAGACUUGCUGGACGAUGACGGUGCUGUUUCUCAAAAGGUGCUUUAUGACGGCCCUGGCGCAGAUAUUCUCCAAAUACUGUACGCCGAGGCCUCCGCCACAUACGUCUCCACAACGGUUGAUCUCCCUCGUGGAAAACGCGUGGAUGGAGGAGUGUGGGCUGGACGAUUGGGCCCGGGAUACGAAUGGCGCUCCUUUCCGGAUGAGACCAAGGAGGAGAUGAAGGACACCUUGGAUGUGGACGAUCAGGGGAACUUGACGUUUAAUGGGUUUAUUCAGAUAUAUCAGUUGCAGACUGAGAACGAUGAAGAAGAGACGUGGAGGGAUCUUUCUGCUCACGGAUUCGACCGAAACCUGAUUCUCGUAUCGACACGAAGAGAAACUGACCACAAGGCCGAUACAUCUGGAAUAUUCACACCAACCGCCCGCGCCGAAACACCCGAACCAAACACCCAAUCAGGACGCCGCAACGCCGGGAAAUCCGUCCAGUUGCUCGACAGCAGCGGAACCGUCUCCAAGAAGUUUGAAGCAGCACUCGCGCACAUUUUCCACAAGUACAGCAAACCGACCUCGGCCAAGUCGUCCUCGACGACGAUCGACAUGAGCCACUCGGUCUCUAAAAUCGACUUGAACAAGACUCCGACGAAGAUCCGGCCCCAGCUGCCUUCGCAAACUUCAGGCGUGUUGACAGAGGCUGGACUGGACGCUUGGGCGCGCGACACGAUGGGCCACUCGUGGUCUGCGGAUACAAAAGAGGAAUUCAAGUCGACGUUGGACGUGAACGAGCGAGGAGAGUUGACGUUUAGAGGGUUUGUUCAGAUUUAUCAGCUUCAGGCGGAGAGCGAUGAAGCUGAGACUUGGCGUGACUUGAGCGCACAUGGAUUCGAUAGGGAUUUGAAUCUUGUUUCGACUAGGCGAGAAGAUGUCGAGACGCCUGUUCCUACGCCACAGGUUUUAAUAUGGAUACGGGCGAGUGAUUGUGGGUUUGGAGGUCGUCUUGCGUUGGCGCCCAUGGAGGGCAUUUUACAAGCUCUUAUAAACAACUAG